AUUUUCCUUCAUUAAUUCAAUAAUAACUCCCUCACUCUCUGAAUAUACUCCACUUUCCAUUUCAAACAAGAUCACGAAUCACACGCUUAUUCUCAUUCAAUGCACUAAUAAUCGUGCAUGAAAUUAAAAACAAAAUAAAUAAAAUCUCUGACUCCGAGUUCACUCGAGUUGACUCGUUCGGUCCCAACUCCUUCUCCUCGAAUCUAGCGUUUCUCAGGAACACCGUCGUUUUCAGCGUUGAUUCGAUUUCGGUUACUCUUUCUGGUUAGUCAUGAACAAAACGCCGAUUCUCGAAAUUGAACCGAGGGAACUCAAAUUCAUAUUUGAAUUGAAGAAACAGAGUUCUUGUUCGGUUCAGGUGACGAAUAAUACUUAUCACUAUGUUGCUUUUAAGGUCAAAACGACUUCGCCUAAGAAAUAUUCAGUGCGACCGAAUGUUGGAGUUCUGGCGCCAAAAUCUAGUGGUGAAUUCGUAGUUACAAUGCAAGCCCAACGGGUAGCCCCUGAAGAUUUUGUGUGCAAGGACAAGUUCUUAGUUCAAAGCACAUUGGUUGAUGCUGAAAUAACCAGCGAUGAUGUUACUGCCAGCUUGUUUGUCAAAGACGGAGUGAGAUAUGUAGAAGAAAAUAAGCUGAAGGUGGCUCUGAUCAGCCCGCCUGAUUCACCUGAACUAAGUCCUGUUAAUGGAGAUUUCAAGAAUGAGUUUGAUCACGGAAAAUUUCAGAUACAUAGUAAAGAUGAAAUUGAAAUCCAGUCCCCUGAACCCAUGAUUCUUAAAAAACCAGAGCAUAACGAGGUUCGUGAGGUAGAGCUUGAAGAGGAUGUGGAGUUGAAGGUGGAAUAUGAUAUGGGGUUGGAUGCUAUAAAGAAUGUAGAGGAGCCAGGAGAAGAAGCAGGGUUGAAAGUGUCGAGAGAUGAAGAGUUGAGCCCAGCAAAGGAUGUAGAGGAAUUGAAGCCACAAAUAAAAAUAGAUGUUGAAGUACCCAAAGAUCUGGACUCGAUCACAGUAAAGAAUGCAGAGGAACUGAUACCUGGAAAAGAAGCAGAGAUGAAGGAGUCAAAAGAUCUGGGUUCAAUCAGAAUAAUGAAUGCAGAAGAACUGAAACCAGGAAAAGAAGCAGAGUUGAGGGUGUCAAAAGAUCAUUUGACCACAGUAACCAAUGCAGAGGCACUUAAGCCAGAAAAAGAAAGAGAGUUAAAAGUGUCAACAGAUACGGUGAUUAAGACUGUAAAGGAUGUUGGGGAACUAAAGCCAGAAAAAGAAGCAGAGUUAAGAGUUUCAAAAGGUAUAGAGGAGUUGAAACUGCUUGAAGCCAUUGAAGAGAUGAAGUUAAAACUAGACCGACUUGAGUCAAAGCUAAAUGAGUCUGGAGCAACAAUAUCAAAGUUAACAGAGGAGAGGCAGUUAAGCAAUCAAGAGUCAAAGAUCUUGCAAGAAAAACUAGCAGAUCUCAUUAAUAAAGGUCCAAGAAAAGUUCAAGUCGGGUUCCCACUUCUAUAUGUCUGUAUGGUGGCACUUAUAUGUGUCUUCUUGGGAUACCGUUUACACUCUUGAUAUCCAGGGGGGACCAAUCAUCCAGGAAGAUAAAUUACUCACUUGUAAAGGGUACAGAUAGUACAAGAUAUAUAGCGGUCGGGUAGAUGAAUGGUGAGAAUAUUGGAAAACUGGAAAAUAUUAUGUAAGCUACAUGAGAUUGUUCAAAAUUUCCCUGUGGAGUAGAAGUUGAUCAGUGAUUUUGUUGAGUUGUGGCAUUAGUGAAUACAAGCCGUGAUAGAGCAUCCGAUUUGAUUGCUGCGAGUACUCAAAAUACAACAGAAACUGCCUUUGAAAAAACAAUUGCACUUGCAGUGCAUAUGUUUCUUUGAUAGCAAACUAUGACUUGAUUUGAGGGUUCUUUUCGCAA